AUAAGCCACGGGCUGACCAGGCUGAUCACAUGAGGCGAGUAUGGUUGUUCACUUUGACAGUUUGUGAUAAGUAGAUCACGAUGAAUAGAUUCGAGUACGCUGAUUCUCGGCUUAUGCCGAGUGAAACUUAUGUGAGACGUGAUAUGGCUGUACGUCUCUAUGAUGGCGAUACAAAGACAAACUUUGAAGGUGGUGAACUAAUCUUAACUAGUCACAGAAUACUUUGGGGUAGACCUGGUGAUAUACCACGAGGUAAUACCUGUUUAUCACUGUCACUCCGACAUGUCGUUUUCUUUGAAGAAGAAAAUCCUGGACCGUUCUCGUUUGGACGUAGCAAGAAAAUUGUAUUACAUCUUUCUGAACCUGCUGUCGAUAAGAUGCCUGGUCCAGCAGAUAAUAGUUCAUACAAUUAUGUCAAGUUGUCAUUUAAAGAAGGCCUGGAUUCAAAUUUUAUAACACAAUUAUCUGAUACUAUUAUGAGAAGAGUGUGGGAGUUUGCUCCUGCCGGAGGCUUAAUUUUGCCUAAUAAUGCGCAUAAUAGUCAAGGAAACUCAAAGCUGCUACCUCAAAUAAAAACGCGGACGGGUAUCAUAGGCAUCGAGAGGAGUUUGCAAGAGAAGCAAAAAGAAACUGAUGAAAGUAUAUCGUUGGCAUUUCAAGAUCUCACGAAACUUAUGGAUAUGGCUAAAGAUAUGGUGGCCGUUUCAAAGACAAUUUCAGCUAAAAUAAGGGCGAGGCAAGGAGACAUAACAGAGGACGAAACUGUCAGAUUCAAGGCUUAUCUAAUGAGUUUAGGUAUUGACGAUCCAGUCACAAGGGAUGCGUACAAGAGCAGCAAUGAAUACUUUAUACAAUUAGCGAAGCAACUUGCAUAUAUAUUGGAAGAACCAAUAAACGAAGUAGGAGGCAUGAUGACACUUACGGACGUUUACUGCCGUGUAAACAGAGCAAGAGGUUUGGAACUUCUAUCGCCUGAAGAUUUAUUACACGCCAGUAGACAGUUGGCACCUUUAGAUUUACCAAUUGUAUUGAGAAGCUUUGAUAGUGGUGUUAUGGUUCUCCAAAUACGCUCUCACAACGAUAACUCCGUCGCUGAUCGCAUAAUGGAGUUGUUGAAAGAGAAAGGAUCCAUGACAGCCGAAGAUCUCGCACAGUCAGAGGGUAUAUCAGUAUUAUUAGCACGUGAGAGAUUGCUAGUCACUGAGAAGCAUGGCAAAGCCUGCAGGGACGACUCGAUAGAGGCUUUGAAAUUCUAUCCUAAUCUGUUUCUAGAAGAAAUAUCUAGUGAAUGAUUUUUAAGCUGCCACGUAUGAGCAAAUGUCCUGUUAAUGUAAUCAGAUUGAUGCUGGCCAUUAUUAUGUAACACCAGUGCAUUUCAUGCUUUUAUAUAUUUCUCCACGUGCUCGAAGUGUAACUAAAUUAAACUCAAUUAGAGUUAAACUAGCAUGUAAAAUAUAAAUAAUAUAAUAUCUAUUUUUAAGAAGA